UACAUUUAUGUGGCAAACUUGCAAAUCGAGAAAUUUUUAAGACGCGCGAUUAUUGCAUAAUUACUGUAGUUAAAGCUAAUACAUUGCAUUAUUCGGUGCAUGACUAAUUUGUGUGUGUGUGUGUGUGCGCGUGUGUGCUGCUGUGCUUGCGCGUGUCUUCCAUUCAGCAGUAGACAGCGCCUAUACGUCACCCCACUUGGGGAGGGCACUGCUGUUUUAAAUGCUGUGAGUUUGACAGCUAGCAGUCCAGACUGCCCACACGGGGAGGUGACGGUGGGAGUUGUAUAAAAACCUACAAAGAAAAUGUGAUCAAAACAAUACGCUGGCAUGUAAGAAAGUGACCGUGGGAAAGCAGGGCGCGCGCGAGAGACGGACCUGUCUUCUACGAGAAAUUGCAUUAAUUUGUUCCAAACAUUUUUGGUUUGAAAAAAAGUGCGCACAGACGCCAGGAGAGGGCAACUCAGACGAAUCGUGGCGCGGUUAACUGUACCCUUUGGGGUAAAAAGAUGACCGUAGUGGACGGAGAAGCCCUGGACGAGACUGUGGAACUGACAGCCUUGUCCCAGGAUGCAUGCGACCCAGAGCGCGCUGACCAGGAGUGCUGCGAGAGAGUCGUCAUAAACAUCUCCGGCCUGCGUUUUGAAACUCAACUGAAAACCCUCGCGCAGUUCCCAGCCACUUUGCUGGGGAAUCCCAGGAAAAGGAUGCGUUUCUUUGAUCCUUUGCGAAAUGAAUACUUCUUUGACAGGAAUCGACCCAGUUUUGAUGCCAUUCUGUAUUACUAUCAGUCUGGGGGUCGGCUCCGGAGACCUAUGACCGUGCCAGUGGAGAUAUUCAUGGAAGAGAUCAAAUUUUACGAAUUGGGAGAGGAUGUCAUCGAAAAUUUCAGGGAAGACGAAGGUUACAUCAAAGAAGAGGAGCGCCCACUGCCAGACAAUGUAUUCCAGCGCCAGGUGUGGCUUUUGUUCGAAUACCCCGAGAGCUCCGGACCUGCCCGGGUGAUCGCGAUGGUUUCCGUUAUGGUCAUUUUGAUAUCAAUUGUUAUUUUCUGUUUGGAGACUCUGCCGGAGUUCAGGGAUGAUAAGAUACCGGACGAUCGCCUUGCUGUGAACGGGACCGUGCGUGUGAAGAAGCCCAGUCCGUUUACAGAUCCGUUUUUCAUCAUCGAGACACUAUGCAUCAUAUGGUUUUCAUUCGAAUUCAUAGUGAGGUUUUUAGCGUGCCCCAGUAAGGCAGCCUUCUUUAAAAAUCUCAUGAACAGUAUUGACAUCGUGGCGAUUAUUCCCUAUUUCAUCACGCUGGGCAUGGAGCUCGCAGAGCACCAGGGAGUCGGCCAGCAAGCCAUGUAUUUGGCUAUACUGAGGGUCAUCCGCUUGGUGCGCGUUUUUAGGAUUUUUAAGCUCUCAAGACACUCCAAGGGCCUCCAGAUUUUAGGGAAAACCCUCCAAGCAAGCAUGAGGGAACUCGGGCUGCUCAUCUUCUUCCUCCUCAUUGGCGUCAUCCUGUUUUCCAGCGCAGUUUAUUUCGCCGAGACCGACGACCCAGGUUCAGCAUUCGUCAGCAUACCGGCCGCGUUCUGGUGGGCUGUGGUAUCCAUGACUACCGUGGGAUACGGGGACAUGUGCCCGGUAACCAUCGGCGGCAAAAUAGUCGGCUCUUUGUGCGCUAUCGCCGGUGUGCUGACCAUUGCUCUACCGGUUCCGGUCAUCGUUUCGAAUUUCAACUAUUUCUACCACAGGGAGAAGGAUCAGGAGGACCAGAUCGAGUACACCCACGUGACAUGCGGUCAGCAGCAACCCGUCUUCGGGGAAUUCAUAAAAAGUGCCAGCAGCCCGUCUCUCAACAAGUCAGAGUACGCGGUCGAUUUAGAUUUUGUAAAAUGUGAAAACUGCAGCUCGCAUAAUUCAUACACCGGCAAGCUGACUGAUGUCUAGCCUAAGUGCUGCAAGACUAUGCAGAACCACAAGAAACGAUUGCUUUACUUAAGUAGCCUAUAGGCUGCCGAGAAUCUCAAACUCGCAACAUGUCAUGAAAAGUGGGAGUUAAAAUGGACAAAAAUAGAUAACGUUAAAAUAGGUAACGCAUAGAUACAGAGUCUAUUAGGCUAUCCUUUUUUUUUUUUUUUUUGCUUAUAGACCUUGCUUAAUCGAUUAAGUGUAUACAGUUGAAAUUAAAUCCACGAAUCGGAAAAACAAAAUAUUCCUUAUGUGACCCACUCUCUGUAGCACUUUAUAAUAUAUGCUUUGGAAUAUGUAGGCUAUAUACUAUUAUUUACAGGUUUGUCGUACAGAAAGUUUAGAAGUUUAGCCUAUAUAAAGAAUGUGUGUUUACGGGCAGAGCAAGCAAAUGUAGGACCAAUUAAAUUAAGUAAUGAAUGCACGCUAACGCCAAAUGCACCCUGUGCAGUCGUUAACACAAGAAAGCGGAGUUUUAACACAUUCCUGCAGCGACGUCAAAGUGAGGACAUUAGCCGCCGCGUCACUUAGGAAUAACCUAUCGCUCUAUAAGUAACAAAGCAGAACGCAAAACGUAGCACGUGAACUAAUCCACGAGCUCUCGGGUUUUGGCUAAUUUGCCGUUGUCUUGUCUAUAUCGAUUCUCACUUUUGAAUGUCACAACAAUGAAUUUGCCGAAUCGGAAUCAUAUUAGUAGCUGACAGAAGCUUAAGACGUGGGGCUACGGGAGGUGCAGUUAUUUAUUAUUGUUUUUUUCCUGCCUGUCCAAAAACAGCGAAACAUUAUCUGACUUUCUGAAGUGCAGCAAUGAAACGCUAUCCGACACAUGUUGUACUUAAAUGACGUGCUUGCCAUGUGAAAUACAGACCGAGAAAAUAGACGUGAUUAUGGGAAUGUUGCCUAAUACUGCUGUUGACUGCGCAUGCUGCCAAAUGUCUUGAAAUUUUAAAGCGAGGACCGCCAUCAGGUGGUAGCAAGUGGGCCUUGCAACCUCUCGGAAGACAAAACCGUUUCCAUGGCAACCUUCCGACACGUUCUACUUUUUAUCCUCUGGAAGUUGUUCUGGACAAAAGAAAAACGUUCUUCUGGACGAGCUGUAAUUGGACUCGUGGGUAAAUGUGGCUGCUCGUGGAGUAGGCUAGGCUUCAUGGCUAUAAAGUUAUUGUUUUGGUUAAAUGAAUGCCAGCAAAUCACGCCAUUGUCAAUGUGUAAAAUGUUAAUUUUGGUAGAAACUGGCCUACUACUUUGGUGGCAAAAUGAUAAGUGAGAUAGGCUAAGCAAGCAACAUACAUUAUUUAUUGCAAGAUAAAGUUUAUCCUACGUUAUAAAUGAAAGCAUUAGUAAUCAACUUUCUCAACGGUUACAAUGUGAAAACAUUUUGAAAGUCCCCACAUCGGUUUUUCCCUGGCGUCGGGAAUGGAGAAACCGGAAAUCAAUAAAAAUCCAAGGAUUUGGAUCUGCUAACGCGAGCUCUUGCCUCUGCUUGAGAAAGACGCGUUUGGAGUCAUGGAAAUAGGAGGACUUCUGAAAGACACUUCACAGUAAUUGUGCACACAGCUGGAUGGUAAACCCAACUAACUGGAGAAAUUUGGGUGGUGCCGCUGCUAUGCUGCUACAUAGGCCCACCAGGCUCGACUGCAGCAACGUGGAAAGAAUGCAGACCUGGCAACAGCACUUUACCUGUGACAUGGGCGCGAGUCGGCAUGUUCUGCAGCCUAGGCCACUAUACGCAAAGGCUGAUGAUCACCUUCAUGGGAUCCAAUCAGAAUGUUCGAUAGCCCAGGGUACUACAAGCAAAGGCUGAUGAUCAUCUUCUGUGGAGGAGGAGAGGAAGACAAGAGUUGACAACGUCUCCGUUUUUCUGCUUAAAAAAUAAAAAUAAAAACCUCACGGCUCACAAGGAAUGAAAAAAAGAAACAAACAUUCAGAGGACACUAUGUUUGCACACUGGAGAAAUCUCUCAAAGGCAUCUUCUCACGGGCAGAGGGAGAAGGACAAUUUGUGUGUGCACAUGCGUGUGGAAGACAAUUUCAGAAAAAUGGGCAUUGGCCCUUUGACUUGUUAUAAUAUACCAAGGUACAAAACUCUUACUUGAAUUGCCCACUUUACGUACAUUGUAUAUGAAACCAUUAUUGAUUUCAAUUAGGCAUUCACCUGAAAUGCUUCUCUUACUGUAGAAAAACUGGGUGUGGGCUGGUAUGGAUUUAUUGACUAUGUUUUGAAUACGCAUUGCAUAUCACGUACUGUACUGUACUGUACCAGAGCAUGCCUUGCAAGCUGGAAAUUUCAGCAGGUGAAAAUGUGCUGACCGCUUAAAACUACUCCAAUGUCAGUUGUCUGCCAUGUGGGAACAAUUAAUGACUGUCUGAUACAUAUUGUAUUAGAUAUGACACUGCUGAACUGAGAUUAAUGUGAUCAAAGCUAUAUUUUUCUAAGCAAUGUGUAUGUUUUAUAUAAACAAAUCGGUUAAACUGGUGAUUUAUUUUUU